AUGGAAACAGAGUUUAUAGCUCUAGCUGCCACUGGGAAAGAGGCCAAAUGGUUAAGAGAUCUCUUAGUUGAGAUUCCAAUUAUUAAAGAGGAUGUAUCUACAAUAUCGAUACAUUGUGAUAGCCAAAUGGGAGAAUAUAUGAAGAGGUAUUUUAAAAGUAUACAAGAGUCUUCAACUUCUAUGGGAAAGAGUGAUGGAACUGUAAAAUCAAGUCGUGUGGAUGUUAACACAUAUCUUGAAGAACUUGAAAGUGACCCCGGGUUGAGAAUACCAAUUUUAGACCAUCCUUCAAAAGUUCGUGAUCAAGUUCGACGAGCAUAUAUGCAAAAAGGCCCUUGUCAACCUCAUCUCAAGUCAUUUCCAUCAGAAAAGGAUGCAGCUUUUUGUUUAUAUUGCUAUCUGUUUAAAGAAGAUGUUGGAGGGCAAUCAGGUGGUGAUGCAUUUGUUAGUAAAGGAUUCAAAAAUUUCAAACUUGCAAAAUCAAGGCUUCAUACUCAUGUUGGAAAACCUUUUAGUGCUCACAAUACAGCUAGAAAAAUGUGUGAAGCAUUAAUGAACGAAAAACAACAUAUUCAAACAUUUUUUGUAAAACAAUCGGAGCAAGCUCGUAGUGAGUAUCGAACUCGUUUGGAAGCAGUGGUUGAUUGCAUUCGUUUACUAUUACGACAAGGACUUGCUUUUCGUGGUGAUGAUGAAUCUGAAGACUCAAGUAAUCAAGGUAACUUUCUUGCAAUUCUAAAAUUUCUUUCCGAUCAUGAUUAUGACAUUAAAGCAGUUUCAUUGAGCAAUGCUCUUGAGAAUUUAAAAUUAACAUCACCUGAUAUUCAGAAAGAUAUUGUACGGGCUGCAGCUUUUGAAACACUAGAUGUCAUCAUUAAAGGAAUUGGGGAUUCAAUGUUUUCUAUUUUAGUUGAUGAAUCUCGUGAUGUUUCUAUUAAAGAGCAAAUGGCUGUUGUAUUACGGUAUGUAGAUAAAGAUGGACAUGUUAUUGAACGUUUUGUGGGGAUUGAAUAUGUGGCCAAUACCACAGCUGUGUCACUUAAAGGUGCUAUUGAUAAAUUAUUUUCUAGAUAUGGAUUGAGCAUAUCUAAAUUGCGGGGACAAGGUUAUGAUGGGGCAAGUAAUAUGCAAGGAGAGUUCAAAGGUCUUAAAACUCUUAUUUUGAAAGAGAAUCCAUCAACCUUUUAUGUUCAUUGUUUUGCUCACCAACUUCAACUUGCACUAGUAGCCGUGGCAAAGAAACAUAUUCUAGUCGGCUAUCUUUUUAGUGUGGUAACUAGGGUGAUAAAUGUUGUUGGAUCUUCUUCCAAGCGUUGUGAUAUUCUUAGAGAAAAGCAAGAUGUUGUUAUUUCUGAAGCACUCAAGCGUGGUGAAAUUGCAAGUGGAAGAGGGCUAAAUCAAGAAACCAAUCUUAAGCGUCCAAGUGAUACUCGUUGGGAUUCACAUUAUGCUACAUUGGUAAGCUUUAUUAACUUAUUCUCUCCCAUAACUGAUGUUCUUGGAACAGUAGUAGACGAUGCUCGAGAAUCUGAACAAAAGUUUGAAGCAAGUAAUCUGAUGGGUUUGAUGUCGACAUUUGAUUUUAUAUUUAGUCUACAUUUUAUGAAAGCAAUGUUGGGCAUAACAAAUGAUUUGUCAAAAGCACUACAGAGAAAAGAUCAAGAUAUUGCAAAUGCUAUGAAAUUAGUGGAAAUUUGCAAGAAACGAUUGCAAGCAAUGAGAGACAAUGGUUGGGAUUCCUUUCUUAUUCAAGUCUCAACAUUUUGUACUAAAUAUAAUGUAUAUGUUCCUACUAUGGAUGAUAUAUAUGUUGUACAAGGUCGAUCACGACGUAAUGCUCAAGAAAUGACAAAUUUACAUCACUUUCGUGUGGAAUUCUUUUAUGCUGUUAUUGAUAUGCAACUUCAAGAGCUAAAUGAACGUUUCAACGAGGUAAACACUGAAUUACUUCUCUCUUUAGAUUCCUUGUGCCCUAGUGAUUCAUUUGAAGCUUUUGAUAAAGAAAGGUUGAUCCGAUUUGCUGAGUAUUACCCUAGAGAUUUUUCUACUUUUGAGCUUAUCAUGCUCGAUAAUCAACUUGAAACUUACAUUCUUGAUGUAAGUUCCACUGAGAAUUUCUUGGGUUUGAAAAGUAUUGGCGAUCUCGCUAAAAAAAUGGUUGAGACAAAGAAGCAUAUUGUUUAUCCUCUAGUGUAUCGACUAAUUACAUUAGCAUUGAUUCUACCUGUUGUUACUGCUACAGUGGAGAGAGUAUUUUCUUCUAUGAAUAUUUUGAAAAGUAGAUUGCGCAAUCGAAUGGGAGAUCAAUUUAUGAAUGAUUGUUUACUUGUGUACAUUGAGAAAGACAUCUUCAAUAGUCUUGACAAUGAAGUCAUCAUGCAGCGAUUUCAAAACAUGAAAAGUCGUCGAGGCAGAUUGUAA